CUCUUCUUUACUUGAUUCCUCAGUCAAUCUCUUCUCCCCGUUUUCCUUUUUUCGCGAGAAAUUGCGGCGUAAACUGCGAGCAGCAGCGAAUCGAGAGAGCCUCCUCAUCAAUGGAGCGCGGAGCGGAUGCAGGGUUCGACCUUCGCGGAAGCGACGGCGUAUUUCGAAGAGGGGAGUUCUAAUUCCUUCUCCGCGCUUUCAUGGAGUGCUGAAGCUGUGGUCUUUGCAGCAAUGCCGCUGGUUUUCCUCUGCGUUCUCUAGAUUUUCUUUCCUCAACCUGCUUCGAUUUCAGCUCCUGUUCCCCUUCUUAUUCUCAUUCCGUGCCUUCUCCAGCGGUUGAUCUUGUUCGGUUAGACGUAAGUUUAGGUUUUGGAGAUCUGGGGACGAAGUCGUGCGUAACAACUCCGAGUUCGCGUCGGAUUCGAGAUUCCUUUCAGUCGAGGCGCUCGAUAGUUGGGGUUCAACUUCAGAUCUUCUCCUUCGGAGGUGCCAGUCUUAGAAUACGUGAAGCUGGACAGGAGAACCCCUAAAUUUGACUACUGAAUAGACUCAUCAUGUUCUUUAUGCCCUUUUCUUAAUUGAUUACUUCUGAUGGAUUACUUUGUGGCUCUCAUAGCACUUCCUUUGAUUGUUUUCUUAUUUUUCCCACCAUUUGUGAUUUGCAACUUAAUCUCAGAUGAGCAAGCACUUUUAGACUUUGCAACUUCCAUCCCUCAUGGCCGUAAACUUAACUGGAGUUCUGAGAACCCAAUUUGCUCCUCAUGGGUUGGAGUAACAUGCACACCUGAUAAUACUAGUGUGCGCACUCUUCGGCUGCCAGCAAUUGGCCUUUUUGGGAUGAUCCCCACUAAUACACUUGGAAGACUUGAUGCCCUUGAAGUCUUAAGCCUUCGAUCCAACCGCCUUAUGGCUAAUCUCUCUUCAGAUGUUUCAUCCAUUCCUUCUUUGCAUUUUCUGUACCUUCAACAUAAUAAUUUAUCUGGAUUCAUUCCUUCUUCACUAUCUUCAAAUCUUACAUUUCUUGAUCUCUCCUACAAUUCCUUCCUUGGAGAAAUUCCAGUGACAAUCCAGAAUCUUACUCACCUUACUGCGCUGUUACUCGAGAACAAUUUGUUGUCUGGACCCAUCCCUGACAUUGAACUCCCAAUGCUUAAACAUCUGAAUCUGAGUAAUAACAACCUUAGCGGACCCAUACCACAAUACCUCCAAAAGUUUCCAUCGGAAUCUUUUCUUGGUAACCCUUUACUCUGCGGAACUCCUUUAACAGCAUGCUCUGCUAUAUCUCCUCCAGGAGUACCUAAAAAAACCAAAAAAAGCUUUUGGAAAAGACUGAGCACAGGUGUCAUUAUUGGAAUUGCUGCAGGUGGAUCGGCACUUCUGAUUUUACUCAUCAUUUUAGUCCUAUUCUGUUUCUUCACGAGGAAAUCUGCAGAAGGUAACAGAAAACCGAAAGGAAAGGGAGCUCUUGGUGCAAGGAGUGAGAAAACUGAGUACAGCAGUAGUGCACAGGAGGCAGAGAAGAAUAAGUUGAGUUUCUUCGAGGGAUGCACGUAUAAUUUUGACUUGGAGGAUCUAUUAAGAGCUUCUGCUGAAGUUCUUGGUAAGGGAAAUCACGGGACUACAUACAAAGCAGUUCUAGAAGAUGGUACAACAGUAGUUGUGAAGAGGUUGAAAGAAGUUAUCAUUGGAAAGCGGGAGUUUGAACAACAAAUGGAAAUAAUAGGAAGGUUCAGGCCUCACCCUAAUGUAGUCCCACUGCGAGCUUAUUAUUACUCCAAAGAUGAGAAGCUUCUUAUAUAUGAUUAUCUUCCUUCUGGCAACAUCUCCUCUCUUUUACAUGCAGGAAGUAAGAGUGCUGGAAAGGCUCCCUUGGACUGGGAGUCCAGGGUGAAGAUUGCUCUUGGAGCUGCACGCGGCAUAACACACCUUCAUACUGAUGGUGGGGGCAAAUUCAUCCAUGGAGACAUCAAAUCCAACAAUGUACUGCUAACCCAGGAAUUUGAUGCAUGUGUGUCUGAUUAUGGCCUUGCCCCAUUAAUGAGCACUUUGGCGACAGCAUCCAAAGUUGUGGUGGGCUAUCGAGCACCAGAAGUCAUCGAGAUCAAGAAGUACUCUCACAAAUCUGAUGUAUACAGCUUUGGUGUGUUGCUAUUGGAGAUGCUCACUGGAAAAGCCCCACUGCAGUCUCCAGGACGCGAUGAUGUUGUGGAUCUGCCGAGAUGGGUCCAAUCCGUGGUACGGGAAGAGUGGACUGCUGAAGUAUUUGAUGUGGAUCUUAUGAGACAUCAGCACAUUGAGGAAGAGAUGGUUCGAAUGCUUCAGAUUGCAAUGGCUUGUGUUUCAAAAGUUCCAGACCAGCGACCUAAAAUGGAGGAAGUGAUCAGAAUGAUCGAGGAUGUCCGUCUCUCUGACUCAGAGAACAGACCAUCCUCGGACAAGUCAAAAGAUGACAAUGUCCCAACACCACAAGCAGAGACAGAGACAGAGAUCACAACGUAGAAGUUUAGACAUUAGGCUUUGCUUGGGAUUUAAUUCUGCAAGUUUCUUUGUUUAAAUUGAUAUUGAUGUUUGGUGAAGUUUGUUUCAAAGGAUGUUUGGGCAUCACCAUGUAUUUAUGCCUAGGAGGUAAACCAAUCUCUGCUCAUUUGGUUAAUUUUUUCUCUUUGCUAUUUUAUUUUCAGAUGGAUAUUAAUAAACAUUUAUGUUAGUUUU